CUUCAGCGGUUUGGGUCUGCAAUUCUCUCGCACAAUGGUCUUUGCUAUUGAGGAGAUCAACAACAGCACCGAGCUGCUGCCAGGCGUCAGACUUGGAUAUCAGAUAUUUGACACUUGCGCCUCUGUGCCUGUUGCCGUGCAUGCUGCAUUUCAGCUUUCUAACGGCCAGGAUCCCGUGUUUUACCAAGGUAGCAACUGUUCAAAGUCUGGACAGGUGGUGGCUGCUGUUGGAGACUCUGGAUCCACAUCCUCUAUCAGUGUCUCACGAAGCUUUGGGUCCUUUAAAAUCCCUCUGGUAAGCUACUUUUCCACUUGUGCCUGCCUGUCUGAUAAACAUGAGUACCCAACAUUUUUCAGAACAAUUCCCAGUGAUUAUUACCAAGCUGCUGCACUGGCCAAACUGGUGAAACACUUUGGCUGGACUUGGAUCGGAGCCAUCCAUUCGGACUCAGAUUAUGGAAAUAAUGGCAUGGCUUCUUUCCUUGACACAGCACUCAAAGAGGGGAUCUGUGUGGAGUACAUUGAAUCUUUCUAUCGAACUGACCCACAGAAAAAGAUCAGAAAAGUAGCUGAUGCCAUCCGCAGAUCAACAGCCAAAGUAGUUUUGGCAUUUGCAGGUGGUGGGGAUAUGAAGGUCCUCCUAGAUGAGCUGAGCAGAGAACCAACUCCACAUCGGCAGUUGAUUGGAAGUGAAGCAUGGAUAAGUGACCCACUUUUGAUGAGUUUCAGUUUCUGUGCAGGAGCUUUUGGAGUUGCCAUUCAGCAAUCUGUCAUUCCAGGGCUGAGAGAUUUCCUCCUGGAUCUCUCUCCCUCUGAAGUGGCAGCUUCCUCAGUGCUGACUGAGUUCUGGGAGGAUGCAUUCAACUGCAGCCUGACAGAAGCUGCUGAUCCACAUAAGGGAAAAUGUGAUGGAACGGAAGAUAUUAAAGCUCUUAAAAGUCCGUAUACUGAAACAUCUCAGUUAAGAGUUUCUAACAUGGUGUACAAGGCUGUGUAUGCAGUAGCGCAUGCCAUUCACAAUGCAGUGUGUCAGGAAACAAACGGACCCACUCAGUGUGACAAACACAAGCGUCUAGAGCCUGAACAAGUUUUCACUGAACUAAAGAAAGUCAACUUUUCCCAAAAUGGCUACCAUGUCUCAUUUGAUGCUAAUGGAGAUCCUGUGGCUUUUUAUGAGCUGGUAAACUGGCAGAAAAGUAAGAGUGGAGUUAUUGAACUGGUAACAGUGGGAUAUUAUGAUGCUUCACUGCCAAGAGGCCAGGAGUUUCUCAUUAACAGGAAUAUUACCUGGAUGGAUGGUUACAAACAAGUUCCAGUGUCAGUUUGCUCAGAGAGUUGUCCUCCAGGAACUCGCAAAGUGUUGCAGAAAGGAAAACCAAUCUGCUGCUAUGACUGUAUACCAUGUCCUGAAGGAGAGAUCAGCAACAUGACAGAUUCCCCUGAUUGCUUCCCGUGUCCCAGAGAGUUCUGGCCAAAUCCAAAGAGAGAUGCCUGUUUCCACAAACCUGUGGAGUUUCUUUCCUUCGAUGAAGUUCUGUCAAUCAUCCUGACUGUAGUGUCAAUCAGUGGAGCCUUUCUGGCCAUUAUUACGGCAGUAAUUUUCUUCCAUCACAGAACAACUCCAAUUGUCAGAGCCAACAACUCUGAGCUGAGCUUCCUGCUGCUCUUCUCUCUGAGUUUCUUAUGUUCAUUAACUUUCAUUGGAGCCCCCUCUGAGUGGUCCUGCAUGCUGCGACACACAGCUUUUGGCAUCACAUUUGUUCUCUGUAUCUCCUGUGUUCUUGGCAAAACUAUAGUGGUUCUAAUGGCCUUUAAAGCUACACUUCCUGGUAGUAAUGCUAUGAAAUGGUUUGGUCCUCCACAGCAAAGAAUGACUGUAGUAUCUUUUACAUUUAUUCAGGUUAUAAUAUGUAUCAUUUGGUUGGUUGUGAGUCCUCCCUUCCCAGUGAAAAAUCUGACUACCUACCAGGAGAAGAUCAUCCUGGAAUGUGCGUUAGGCUCUGCUGUUGGUUUCUGGGCUGUGCUCGGCUACAUCGGCCUGCUGGCUGUGUUUUGCUUUGUGUUAGCUGUUCUAGCUCGGAAACUACCUGAUAAUUUCAACGAAGCCAAGAUGAUAACCUUCAGCAUGUUGAUAUUCUGUGCAGUCUGGAUCACCUUCAUCCCAGCUUAUGUCAGCUCUCCUGGGAAAUUUACUGUGGCUGUGGAGAUAUUUGCUAUUCUGGCCUCCAGUUUUGGACUGAUACUGUGUAUAUUUGCUCCAAAGUGUUUCAUCAUUUUGUUUCAACCAGAAAAGAACACCAAAAAAUAUUUAAUGAACAAAACCUAAGUUAAACCCCAGAGAAGACUGAAAUUAAUGUGA